AAAGCUCUCCUUACGUUCUCCCUCUCCCUCUCUGUUGAACGCACGCGGGCGACUUCCUGUUUCACCGCAAACACGAAGGUAACAUGGAAACGUAGCGGGCGGAUCGGGCAGCGUUAGUUAGGAUCAUAAUGGGAGUCCGUCUUGUCGGCGGCUGCAAACGUGAGGAGUGAGGAGCGAGGAUCUCGGAAGACGGAGCAAAACACUGGUGUGUGGAGAAAACCGCGGCGCUUUUAUUGGGCGAUCAGGUGACUACAGGCGCUGCCAUCCGAGCCGCGGUGACGCGCUCGGUUAUAAAUGAACGUACAGCCGUGGGUGAUCCAUCCGCGGCACAGGUACAUACCGAGACCACACACACACCGAGAACAGCGUUCGGCAUCGGCACCGCGCGCGUUAACAACACAACAGCCAUUAACAACACAGCAAAGACACAUCGGCGGGGCACAUCUGGGCAGUCACGACACGAGGGACUCGCGCACCCGGGACCCAGACAUGCAGGGACAGUCAGCCAGUGGUUCAUCAGCUGAGCAGCGCUCUCGGAGACCGGAAAGUUCCGGAGGCCUCUGGGACUCUGUGAAGAAGGCAGCUUUCGUCAUUGGAUCGGGGCUAUUCUUGAUGGCCGCGUUCCGGAACUCCAUCACAUGGCAUUUGCAGAAGUUCUGGGGAGCAUCUGGAGACUUCUGGCAGAAGCAGUGGACCAAUGUGUACCACCUGUUCGGGGGCAACGAAUGGGCCUUGUUCUUUGUGGGAACCAUGGUGGUGCCCACCCUGGCCUUCUGGCUCUUCAACGCUCUCUUCAUAGUAGCUGAUCUCACAGGGAAGCCAACCUUCAUCACCCGCUACAGGAUCCAGAUGGACAAGAACAACCCGGUGGACCCGGUCAAGCUUCGACAGGCAGUGAAGAAGGUCCUGGCCAAUCAGGUGUUUCUGUCCAUGCCCAUGGUUGUGGUGGCCUACAAAGUGAUGAGAUGGCAUGGGAACCCCUGCAGUUUGGAGCUACCCACUUUCCACUGGGUGCUGCUGGAGCUGGCCAUCAGUGGCCUCUUGGAGGAGAUCUUCUUCUACUACUCUCACAGGCUCUUUCACCACCCUGCCAUCUACAAGCACGUCCACAAGAUCCACCAUGAGUGGACGGCACCCGUUGGGGUGGUAUCUCUCUAUGCCCAUCCGCUGGAACACGUGCUCUCCAACAUGAUGCCAGCUGUGAUCGGUCCUUUGCUUCUGGGUUCUCAUCUGGCCACCACGUCCUUGUGGUUCACCAUCGCGCUGCUCGUCACCACCGUGUCCCACUGUGGGUACCACCUUCCCCUCCUGCCCUCACCUGAGUUCCAUGACUUCCACCACCUCAAGUUCAACCAGUGCUAUGGGGUUCUGGGAGUGCUGGACCGGCUGCACGGGACCGACUCCGUGUUCAGGCAGACCAAGUCCUACGACAGACACACGCUGCUGCUCAGCCUGACCCCUCUGAACGAGAGCAUUCCAGACAAGCCCAGGAAGGAGGACUGACUCGACUCAACCUGACCUGUGACCUCAGUCCAGCGGGGAAGGGAACAAGUUGAGCAUCCAGAAUGUCGUCCUGUCCUCAGUGGAGGGGGGUGAUAGCAAAGCAAUAGCACUUUUACCACAAUUACCUACAUUGACUGUCAGUGUUGCUGCUCUGGUAAAAACAACAAAACCUUUAUAUACAAUUUUUGGCAGUAUUUCAUAACCUUUCUUAGUGUAGUAUCUUUAUUGUGACAAAGCAUGAGAAAUGUAAAUGAGGAAGGGACAGAAGUUCAUGGAAAUAAUCCUAAUUGCAUAAAUAAUUACUGACAAAGCUCCAUUUUAACAGAAUUAUGCAUUUCAAUACAUUUGUUGUCAAUUUACUUUUCCUAACAAGAUUGCUGGCUACAAUAGUGCCUUUAUCGUAAAGGAAGCAGAGGAGAGUAAAAUGCUGGGAAUGCUCAAACUGCUACUCACUGUUAACAUGCUCACCUGGACUUUAAAAUGCUUUCAAGGAUGUAUCAAGAGUAUUAAACAUAAGUUUCUUGUACAAAUAAUGCUAUAAAAUAAAUGCACUACUUGUACAAGGGGAGCGGUUACUGUCAGGUGAAACAAAUGCACCUAGAAGCAUCCUAGUCCCCACUUCCCCUGUUCAUCCCAUUUUUCAUUUCAACUGAGCUCAGUUAUCAGUAAUAUCUGUACAAAUCAGUAGUUAAGGAUUAUACUUUUUCAAUUUUGAAAUUAACAGAAUUCCUAAUAAAAUAUCCCUAUUGUAUUUUUGCUGGUGUUUGCAUAAUUUGUGAAUUAAUUUAUUAAAAUUUAAUAAAAGGUUUAAAUAACACCUCAAAGGUGUGGAUGGAUACAGUAUUGAGGAAACACUGAUUAGUUACAAUAGAUUUCUAAAAUUGAAUGGGCUAAGUAAAUGCCCAUUUACUUAGUUACUACUCAACUGUCAGUUGAACAUUACAAUUAAUUAUUAUAGAUCCUGUUAUCCAUUUAUGUACUCUCGCGGGGGGCGGGGGUGUCAGUACACAGAGGACUGUGCCAGGAUGAACAAUCCAGAGACAGAAUACACAGGUUACAGAUGAUACAGAAAUGAAACAAGGCUCCAGCUUGGUCUUUAAGGUUUUUUGUUCAUUUUAUGUUUUUUUUGUCAUUUAUUAAGGAAAAGCAUAAUUACUACAAAUUACAAAUAACACUAAUUGCAAAUCACUUCAGCCUACAAAGCAGAUAUUAUGAAUAUUAAAUGUUAUAAUACAAGACCUCAUUCAAGUAUUUUACAUUUUUCCAUUUUAUAUAUUUUUUUGUUUUUCAAAUUUCAUCCUUUUUUUAAUAUGCGACAAGUCUAAGAUUUCUUCUUGUAAUGUUAUGAACUAUUAACAUAAUGGAUCAUAUACAGCUAUUUUAUUUAUAUGGCUUAAUGGAAUUUAUUUUGUCCUUUUUCUGUCCCCAAACAUUAUAGCCGUUUACCUCCAAACCCUGAUUUAAGUCCAAGGUGUGUUGCCUCACCGUUUUUUGAAAUGGGCCCAAUCCACGGUUUAAAAACAAUAGUAAUAACAGUAAUAAUAAUAAUAGUAGUAGUAAUAAAUAAAAACAAUUGCACGGCAUACCUAAGAGUACCUCAGAAUGCCAACAUUUUUGGCAGAGAUUCUACCACAAUGCAAUAAGGCAAAAAGCUCUGGUACUUUCCGGCUCCGGUGCCCACAGAAGGCCGCGUUUAGUGGGCGACCGACCACUGUCGGUGUGGAUGGGUGCCCCCCCUGCUUAUUGUAGAGAUCAUAGGUCUCAUCCCCUUCAUCCUCGCAGAGGAAUUACAGGCUUUAAAAAAUGUUUAGGGUUUUCUGCUAAUUCUUAGGUGAUUCGUUAUCUGUACGAGUUCUACAGCCGCCUCGUAUUACCCCAUAGCUCUAGUUGUGUUAUUGCCAAGACCGCAAAAAAAAAAAAAAAAAAAAAAUUUCAAAACAAUUUCUU